UCACUGCUAGGGCUUUUCAUAUCAUAUAAAAAUCUCUCUCCCUAAACCCCAUUUCUCAUAUAUUCGCUCACCACAUCUCUCUCUCUGUCUCUCUCAAUCUCUCUGCAUUUUUACUCGAAAUCAUGGCAAAAGGUCCUGGUCUCUACUCCGAUAUCGGCAAAAAAGCUCGAGAUCUUCUUAACAAGGAUUAUCAGAGCGACCAGAAGUUCACUCUCAGCACUACCUCUGCUACUGGAGUUGCUAUCACUACUUCAGGAACUAAAAAAGGAGAACUGUUCUUGGCUGACCUCAAUACACAGCUGAAAAACAAGAAUGUCACUACUGACCUGAAAGUUGAUACAAAGUCCAAUAUUUUUACUACUGUUACUGUUGAUCAACCUCUUCCUGGGUUGAAGACUAUCGUCAGCUUUGUACUUCCAGACCAGAGAUCUGGCAAGCUGGAACUUCAGUAUUUGCAUGACUAUGCUGGAAUCACUGCCAGCAUUGGGUUGAAUGCAAAUCCCGUUGCCAACUUCUCAGGUGUCUUAGGAAACAACAUGGCCUCAAUUGGAGCAGAUGUCUCCUUUGACUCUAAAACAGGGAACUUCACCAAGUGCAAUGCUGGAUUUGGCUUUGCUCAUGCAGACCUGACUGGUUCAUUGACCCUGAAUGACAAAGGUGACACCUUGAGUGCGUCCUACUAUCAUACAGUGAACCUUUUGACGAAUACAGCAGUUGGUGCUGAAGUGACACACAAAUUUUCAAGCAAUGAGAACACCAUAGCUAUGGGCACUCAGCACGCAUUGGAUCCUCUUACUACAGUGAAGGCACGUAUUAACAACAAUGGCAAGACAAGUGCUCUUAUUCAGCACGAAUGGCGACCAAAGUCUCUUUUGACCUUGUCUGGUGAGUAUGAUCCCAAGGCUGUGGAGAAGACUCCUAAGUUUGGGUUGGCUCUGGCUCUCAAACCUUGAGAUGCUAAUUAUGAAGGCUGUAAUAUGGAAUGGGACAUGAGGGUACACAGUUUCGUUUAGACAUUUGUUUUGCUAGAGCUGUCGCUUGAUCUUUUCAGUUCAAGUUUUAAGACCCAUAAUAAUUUUGAAUACUUCUCUACGAAUCAAGUUUUGAUUACUUGGCUACUUAUUAUGGAGUUUAUCGCCAUUGUUAUGCCAAAUUAUAGAAUAAGCUGAUAUAUCCAUUCACGGGAUGCAAAUUGUGUACAUCUUUGGUUCACAAUAAAUUCUAAUAUUAUUUAUUUUACAAAA